CUCUGCCCGCUUGCUCGCUCGCUCGCUCCCUGCUGCUGCUGACGGUGGCCGUCGAAGGGCAGCGGCGGCUGCUGUGCUCCAUGGACGAGAUGGAAGAGGAGCUCAAGUGCCCGGUGUGCGGCUCCUUCUACCGGGAGCCCUUGAUCUUGCCCUGCUCGCACAACCUGUGCCAGGCGUGCGCCCGCAACAUCCUGGUGCAGACGCCCGAGGCGGACUCGCCACAGAGCCGGCGCGCCUCGGGCUCCGGCGGCUCGGCCUCCGAUUAUGACUACCUGGACCUGGACAAGAUGAGCCUGUACAGCGAGGCGGACAGCGGCUACGGCUCGUACGGCGGCUUCGCCAGCGCGCCCACCACGCCGUGCCAGAAGUCUCCCAACGGCGUGCGCGUCUUCCCGCCGACCGUGCCGCCCGCCGCGCACCUCCCGCCGGCCUCGGCCGCUUCUCUGGCGCCGGUGCCGCGCAACUCCUGCCUGACGUGCCCGCAGUGCCACCGCAGCCUGAUCCUGGACGAGCGGGGCCUGCGCGGCUUCCCCAAGAACCGCGUCCUGGAGGGCGUCAUCGACCGCUACCAGCAGAGCAAGGCGGCCGCCCUGCGCUGCCAGCUGUGCGAGAAGGCGCCCAAGGAGGCCACCGUCAUGUGCGAGCAGUGCGACGUCUUCUACUGCGACCCCUGCCGCCUGCGCUGCCACCCGCCGCGGGGGCCGUUGGCCAAGCACCGCCUGUUGCCCCCUGCCCAGGGCCGGGUCAGCCGUAGGCUCAGCCCGCGCAAGAUCUCCACCUGCACCGACCACGAGCUGGAAAACCACAGCAUGUAUUGCGUCCAGUGCAAGGUGCCCGUCUGCUACCAGUGCCUGGAGGAGGGCAAGCACUCCAGCCACGAGGUCAAGGCCCUGGGUGCCAUGUGGAAGCUCCACAAGAGCCAGCUGUCUCAGGCGCUGAAUGGACUCUCAGACAGAGCAAAGGAGGCCAAAGAAUUCCUGGUGCAGCUACGGAACAUGGUGCAGCAAAUCCAGGAGAACAGCGUGGAGUUUGAAGCCUGCCUCGUCGCCCAGUGUGAUGCCCUCAUUGAUGCCCUCAACCGGAGGAAAGCUCAGCUGUUGACGCGGGUCAACAAGGAACACGAGCACAAGCUGAAGGUGGUGCGGGACCAGAUCUCCCACUGCACAGUGAAAUUACGCCAGACGACGGGACUCAUGGAAUACUGCUUGGAGGUCAUCAAGGAGAACGAUCCCAGCGGAUUCCUCCAGAUCUCUGAUGCGCUGAUAAGGAGAGUCCACCUGACAGAGGACCAGUGGGGGAAAGGAACCCUCUCCCCAAGGAUGACAACAGACUUUGAUCUGAACCUGGACAGCGGGCCUUUGCUGCAGACCAUCCACCAGCUGGACUUCAUGCAAAUGAAAGCUUCCUCCCCAGUGCCGGCCCCCCCAAUCCUCCAGCUGGAAGAAUGCUGCACCCAGAACAACAGUGCCACCUUGUCGUGGAAGCAGCCGCCACUUUCCGUGGUGCAAGUAGACGGAUACAUCCUGGAGUUGGAUGAUGGGAACGGUGGUCAGUUCAGGGAGGUGUAUGUCGGGAAAGAGACGAUGUGUACUGUGGAUGGACUCCACUUCAACAGCACCUACAGUGCUCGGGUCAAGGCCUUCAACAAGACCGGGGUCAGCCCCUACAGCAAGAUGCUGGUCCUGCAGACCUCCGAGGACUCCGAACCGGAGGAGCAGGCCCUGACUUUCCCAGUGCCUUUGGAAAGGCUGCAGCUGCGUAGAUCGAGCCCCUUCUCUUCCACCCUUAACCUGCAAAACAGCUUUCCGGGGAGAUCCUACUUUGAGCUCAGAUCCUCGUCCCACCAAAUGAGCUUGCACUCUUCCUUACAAUCUCUGAAUUCGGCCGGUUUUGAGGCUCAGGCAGGACCUUUCUCCCAAUUGGUUGAUAUUAAAAAACUGGUAGCAGUGGCCUGGUUUUCGUUUGACCCAAAUACGGCCCACUCGGACGUCAUUUUCUCCAACGACAACCUGACCGUCACCUGCAACAGCUACGACGACCGGGUGGUGUUGGGCAAAACGGGCUUCUCCAAGGGGCUCCACUACUGGGAGCUGUCCAUCGACCGCUACGACAACCACCCGGACCCGGCCUUUGGUGUGGCCCGCAUGGAUGUUCUCAAGGACGUCAUGCUGGGGAAAGAUGACAAGGCCUGGGCCAUGUACGUGGACAACAACCGGAGCUGGUUCAUGCAUAACAAUUCACACACCAACAGGACUGAAGGGGGCAUCACCAAAGGGGCGACUGUCGGGAUCUUGCUUGAUCUAACCCGGAGGACCUUGACCUUCUCCAUCAAUGAGGACCAGCAGGGGCCGGUGGCCUUUGAGAACCUAGAAGGUGUCUUCUUCCCUGCUGUCAGUCUGAACAGGAAUGUGCAAGUGACGUUACACACCGGCCUCCCGGUCCCAGACUUCUACAACGCACGAGGCUCCAUGCAGUAAGGAGUCAGGGGGUGCCCAGCGGCUUUUUCUCAGGACACACCGAGAGACCUGCGUUCGUUUUCUUCAGGAAUUGACCUCAUGGGAGGAAGGAGGAGAAUAUCUGGUCGCCUGGUAACUCCAGGCCAGCGGAAACCAAAUUUUUUAAACAAACAAAAAAACAAAACAAAAAGCGGGGUGGAAUCUAGAGAAGAGAAAGGACCAAGCAGACUUUGGGCACCCCGCCAGGGCCACCCCUCUCCGCCUUUCCAGCUCUCUCUGUGUGUGUGCACGAGUGUGUGUUUGCUUUGCUAAUUUUGCUCUUUCGGCUGAUGACAACGUUCCCGGAGAGAGCCUGAGAUGCGACUCUCUCAAAUCAGCUUUUGGGUUCAGUUAUUCUUUCAGUUUGGGAUUCCCCCUUACCCCUAAAUGUGGAUCAGAUUCCCCAACUUCCGGAUUCUUCAGCCAGAAGGAAAACUGAGCUUCACUUGCUAUGGAUGGAGAGUUGUGCAUAUAACAUCAGCCAGACCC